CUCACUUGGCCAGAGGACGUGGUGGCGUAAAGACGUUUCUGAAGGCAACGUACUCUAACUCUACUCAUUCAUACACACUGCAAGAUGAGAAUGCUGGUGGCGGCGGUGGUGGUGGUGACAGCGGCAGUAAGUGUGUCCAUGGCCAAGCGCUUCGAAAAGUGUGAGCUGGCCACCGUCUUGGAGAACAAACACAACAUGUCCCGAGACGACAUCAAGAACUGGGUGUGCAUCGCGGAGUUUGAGUCAACCUUCAACACAGAGGCAAUAAACACCAUUAAUUGGGACGGCAGUUAUGACUAUGGUCUCUUUCAACUGAACAACAAGUACUGGUGCAAGGAUGACAACAAGAAGGGCAAGAACGUCUGCAAGAUGGCAUGUACAGAUCUGCUGGACGCUGACCUGACUGAUGACCUCAACUGCAUCAAGAAGAUUAUCAAGGACACGGAGAGAUGGAAGGGCAGGGGAACAGGACUUACUGCCUGGGUUGCUUAUCAGAAUAAGUGUAAGGACCGCAAUCUUGGCGAUUACAUAUCUGAGUGCUGGUCAGGUUCGACAUCUUCCAACAUCGUCAGCAUCCGAGACGAGUCUACCAUCAAGAACCCUGCCGCUCAAGUCACAGAGAACGCGGACACUGCGGGGGUUGGUGCAGGGGGUGACUCGCCUAUUAUAAACAACGCUCGUGUUCCCAUCAGAUUCAACACCGUGCCAAUCUGUGCCAACGGAAUCUGCUUUCCUGCACGGCUAGCAAACCCUUACAGCUAUAUCUACCAACAAACUUACUACAAGAAGAAAUAAACGCAAAAAUUUACAAAAGAUAUAAUAUACAGUAUUUAAUUUGUUUUUUUUUUCAAUUUCAAUAUUUAUUCCUUGAUAGAGGAAGCGGGAUCCUAUUACUUUCACUAGGUACCCCUGUACAAUAACACCAGAAGCAUCUGGCAAGUGUCACAAGUAUAUAUAACAGUAUUUAUUGAAGAUUAAGUUACUUACAGAAGCACUGUCAUUUUCUUAGUGUCGUUAGUAAAUAAGUAUAAAUGAA